CUGAUUUAUGAUUUAUGUUGCAGUUGGUUGGAUGUUGGAGUUGAACUGUUUGCUCUGAACUUUUUAAGUUUUUUGAUCAUGUUGAUUGAAUAAAUAAAUAAAUUAAUUGAUGGAUUGUUGUCUGGUUAUCUGUAGUUGUGUGUGUAUGUGUGUGCGCGUAUGUGACAGAGAAACAGGGGUGAUUUUGUGUGUAAUGAAAACAACGCUUUCCUAGCAUUGCAACAUUGGAGUUUUGUUUCCUCUUUAAUUAGCUGUGACCAGUGGAAAAUAAACAGUUCCACAUUUCUAUACACCAAACUGAAAACUGCACCUGUGCUUGGAAUCUCAAGGGUUUCUAGCUCUGCAACAGAACUUUUCACCAACACUGCAGUAAAAAAAAAACAGACAGAUGAGAGGGUUUCUUCUGUUCCAACUGGUAAGAUUAGAAAGACUGGCAUAGUAGGUUUCCAAAAUAGCCUGGCGAACGUCACGACUAUCCUCCGACGUGACGUCACCCGGAAGAAGGGCACCAAAAAUGGCUUCUAAUCGCUGUCGGCGAGACCCGUGUGGAUUCAUUUGUUUAUUAUUGACAUACUUCAGCGUGUUUUAUGCCGAUUAUGUGGUUAUUCAGUAUGUGCUCAUUCCUGCCUACUCCGGAAGUGUGUGGUGUACGCUGCACGGUUCAGUGUUUAAUGUAAUUUUACUGCUGCUACUUGCAUGCCACUCCAAGGCAGUGUUCUCAGAUCCAGGUAUGGUGCCUCUACCUGAGAUGGCCAUUGACUUCUCUGACCUAAGAUCACAGUCUGAACGCAUGAAUGAGAGGGGUUGUGAGGGAUGGACAGUGUGUAGCAGAUGUGAGACAUAUCGGCCACCUCGGGCACACCACUGCAGGGUGUGUCAACGCUGCAUCAGACGCAUGGACCACCACUGUCCCUGGAUAAACAACUGUGUUGGAGAGCUCAACCAGAAAUAUUUCAUCCAGUUUCUCUUCUACACAGGCAUGGCCAGCCUGUACUCCUUGGCGCUGGUGGUGUCCGCGUGGGUGUGGAGGAUCCGCAGUGAGAGGGAGGAGGACGGAGAAAAGGACAAAGAGGGGGAAGAGUCUCCCACCAAACAUCUCAUUGUUGCUCACUAUAUAAUUCUCCUGGUGGAGUCUAUUCUCUUUGGUGUGUUUGUAAUGGUCAUAUUUUACGAUCAGCUAGUGUCCAUAAUAACAGACGAGACUCCCAUUGAGCAGAUGAAGAAUAAGCUGCUGAAGGACAGAGCCAAUGGGGCCCCUCCGGCACACAACACACACACACGGAAGCCCAAGCUGGCGCUGCUUCGAGAGGUCUUUGGAAGAGGGUCAGUGCUUUGUUGGCUGUUACCUCUCCACUCUACCCCUCCCGCCAUCGGAGGAAUCAGUUACUCGGCUCUUCCUGACUACGAUGUGUGACACACACACACACACUUACACACACAAACACUCAAACCACACAAACAAACACACACAAAUAUACAACUGGAAGUGGAGUAUUUCUACAAUUAUUUCUUUCUGAAGAAAAAAGGAUUUUACCUUGUGUUAUGCUUGUUAUUUUGUCUUAACUGGACAUGAGGAUCCCUUUCAUUAUGUGUUCAUUUUGAGGAUACAUACCCCAGCGAUGGCUGGUUUGAUAACUUCAUUUUAAACUUUUUUAUUCUUAAUUUAAGAAAAAAAAACAGAUAUUGUUGUUACUGUUUGCUGUUUGUGGACAGCUGAAGGAAUGUUUGCAGCCUUGUGCAUACAUGGCCGAAAUGAAUCAUGUUUCAUGAUGAUCAUGUUUACAUUUAUGUAUAUUGUAUUUUAUUGGUUAUACUGUGUGUAUCUCUAUGCUGCUCUUGAUAAUGUGAAAUUAAAGAAAAAAACGGUUUUCAUGAGACUUCUCAUGCAA